AGGUCCUUCGGGUGCCCUCACGCGCUCACGGUUUUGAACUUCGGCGGUCAAGACUGAAGUUUGUUGCCCACCAUGCAGCGUGAGCCUGGGAAGAAGAAGGGAAAGGACACGCGGCUGUUUGACCCCAAGUCUUUCGGGAGGGACCUGCUCGCAGGCGGUGUCGCGGCCGCCGUGUCCAAGACAGCAGUGGCGCCCAUCGAGCGGGUGAAGCUGCUGCUGCAGGUGCAGGCAUCGUCCAAGCAGAUCAAACCCGAGGCGCAGUACAAAGGCAUGAUCGACUGCCUGGUGCGCAUCCCUCGGGAGCAAGGAUUUUUAAGUUACUGGCGUGGCAAUUUAGCAAAUGUUAUUCGGUAUUUUCCAACACAAGCUCUGAAUUUUGCCUUUAAGGAUAAAUAUAAAGAACUUUUCAUGUCUGGAGUUAACAAAGAAAAACAGUUCUGGAGGUGGUUUUUUGCAAACCUGGCUUCUGGUGGAGCUGCUGGGGCAACGUCCUUAUGUGUAGUAUAUCCACUAGAUUUUGCCCGAACCCGAUUAGGUGUUGAUAUUGGAAAAGGUCCUGAUGAACGACAAUUCAAGGGUUUGGGUGACUGUAUUAUAAAAAUAGCAAAAUCAGAUGGAAUUGUUGGCUUGUACCAAGGGUUUGGUGUUUCAGUUCAAGGCAUCAUUGUCUACCGAGCAUCUUACUUUGGAGCUUAUGACACAGUUAAGGGAUUAUUACCAAAACCAAGGGAAACUCCAUUCCUCAUCUCCUUUUUCAUUGCUCAAAUUGUGACUACAUGCUCUGGGAUACUCUCUUAUCCUUUUGACACAGUUAGAAGACGCAUGAUGAUGCAGAGUGGUGAGUCUGAACGGCAAUAUAGAGGAACGUUGGAUUGCUUCAUGAAGAUAUACAAAUUUGAGGGGAUCAGAGCAUUUUUUCGUGGCGCUUUCUCCAAUAUCCUUCGUGGUACAGGGGGUGCUUUGGUGCUGGUAUUAUAUGAUAAAAUUAAAGACUUCCUUAAUAUUGAUAUUGGAGGUAGUUCACAAUGAGAUUAAAUAGAGAGAUUUAGCUUUUUGAACAAAUUGCAAAUUACAUAGCUGCCAUUUGUAUACAUUUUGAGAGAGUAUGUUAUUUGCUGUCAGUGUUUUCUUAAAGUGCUAAUUCUGUAAUAAAGUAUAGGCUCUUUUCAAGGACUUAAAUACUUGUAUACAACGAAGAGUAGACAUACUUGUAUACAACGAAGUGUAGACUUCCUUCCCCUCAAACUCACAUUCACUUUAAUGAGACAUGUAUAAGCA